AUGGGACCCAAGUUGAUUCAUCUCCAGCAGUCACUGAGUGUCCCUGUGUUGGUGGGUCUUUUGGACUCAGAGGACCUGAAGAAGAGGGACCCUGGAGAGGGCCUCCCCGAGCUAACAGGAGCCCCUCUCUUCAGUGCAGGUCGUAAUCUGAAGGAGUGGCUGAGGGAGCAGUUUUGUGAUCACCCGCUGGAGCACUGUGAGGACACGAGGCUCCAUGAUGCAGCCUACGUCGGGGACCUCCAGACCCUCAGGAGCCUGUUGCAAGAGGAGAGCUACCGGAGCCGCAUCAAUGAGAAGUCUGUCUGGUGCUGUGGCUGGCUCCCCUGCACACCACUGCGAAUUGCGGCCACUGCAGGCCAUGGGAACUGUGUGGACUUCCUCAUCCGGAAGGGGGCCGAGGUGGAUCUGGUGGACGUAAAAGGACAGACGGCCCUGUAUGUGGCUGUGGUGAACGGGCACCUAGAGAGUACCCAGAUCCUUCUUGAAGCUGGCGCGGACCCCAACGGAAGCCGGCACCAUCGCAGCACCCCCGUCUACCACGCCUCUCGCGUGGGCCGGGCUGACAUCCUGAAGGCCCUUAUCAGGUAUGGGGCUGAUGUUGACGUCAACCACCACCUGACUCCUGACAUCCAGCCCCGAUUCUCCCGGCGGCUCACUUCCUUGGUGGUCUGCCCCUUGUACAUCAGCGCAGCCUACCACAACCUCCAGUGCUUCCGGCUGCUCCUCCUGGCAGGAGCGAACCCCGACUUCAACUGCAAUGGUCCUGUCAACACACAGGGAUUCUACAGGGGCUCCCCUGGGUGCGUCAUGGAUGCUGUUCUGCGUCACGGCUGUGAGGCAGCCUUCGUGAGCCUGCUGGUGGAGUUUGGAGCCAACCUGAAUCUAGUGAAGUGGGAAUCGUUGGGCCCAGAGUCGAGAGGAAGAAGAAAGGUGGACCCUGAGGCCUUGCAGGUCUUUAAAGAGGCCAGAAGUGUUCCCAGAACCUUGCUGUGUCUGUGCCGUGUGGCUGUGAGAAGAGCUCUUGGCAAAUACCGGCUUCAUCUGAUUCCUUCGCUGCCUCUGCCAGACCCCAUAAAGAAGUUUCUACUUCAUGAGUAGACUUCGAGUGCUGCGGUUGAUUCCAGCAAGGGAGAAGGUGAUCUGCAGAGAAGGUGGACACCAAACCCUGAGUGCUGUGCUGCUGGUGGUAUCCUGAUGGCUGUUGCUACUGAAGAUGUCGUCGUGGACUGUCAUUGCUCCUCAGGUGCCUGGGCCGCCGAACAGUCCUUGGGUCAUUGUCAGCUGAGAGGCUCAUACAAAAGUUAUUAUUGUUUUUCCUAAAUUCUCUUUUCUGGAUUUUCAGUUGCAUAUUAAUGUAACGGGCCAUGGAAUGUGUACAUGUAGGGACUGAGGUUGGAGGCCUACGAAUUUCCCUGUAGGGAGGACUCCUAGCACUUCUGGAACUGUGCUUCUCUUUAUUUUUCUACUUCUCAAUUUGAUUGUUCGAUUAAAGCCUUCUAGUAUCUCAAUGAAAA